AUGGUCGAAUUUAACCCCAUCCUAAAAAAGGCGUACUGGUUGCUAGCAGCUAGUGGCCUUAUCUAUGUGAGCAUCGUCUGCUCCCUGACCUUUGCGGAGGUCCAGAGAUUUGCGGUCUAUCUAAACAAACUCAAUCCCACCCUAUGGGAGGACGUCAAUUUGGUGGAAUCGUUCGGGUUCUUGAGGACGCAAGUUCAGCCAUUCAACCUAGUCACGCCAGAUAAUGAAACUAUCUAUGGCUGGCACCUUCUUCCUUUGCACAUGUGUAAUGAGCAUGCAGCCGAGCUAGAUGUGAACAAACCCGCAGGCCCUGUGGACGACUAUACUUUAACUCCUGCCUUCAAGCUUCUGGCCAACGAUCCGAAUGCUCGGGUGGUUGUGAGCUUCCACGGUAACGCUGGCCAUUUAGGAUCCGCCCAACGGCCGGAGACAUACCGUAUGCUUCUUGGCCUAUCAAGUUCUACCCACCCAAUACACGUCUUCUCCAUCGACUACCGAGGAUUCGGGCUUUCCACCGGAGCACCCACCGAAGAGGGCCUCAUUACUGACGGAGUCGCCCUACUAAACUUCCUCACGUCUAGCCCGCUGAACAUUUCGCCUUCCAGAAUUACAAUUGUCGGCCAAAGCCUCGGAACGGCAGUUAGUGCUGCAGUGGCAGAGCGUUUCUUGCUUGGCUCCUCCAAUCCAAAUGCCGUCCAACCCACCAUCAAGGACCCGGAGCCCUUCGCCGGUGUCGUCCUCAUAGCGUCCUUUAGCAACGUACCUAACCUUAUCGAGUCGUACAGUGUCAAAGGAAUAACUCCUCCUAUACUUUCCCCGCUACGCGGCUACCCCCGAUUUCAAAAUUGGGCGAGGAGCCACAUCGUAGAUCGCUGGGAUACUGCUGCAAGAGUCGCAAGAUUAACCGGCGCUGACGGAAGUAUGGCUAAGUCUAAUCCGACGUAUGCAGAUAAUGGCCUAAAGCUAGUUAUCUUGCACGCUCAAAAUGAUGUCGAAAUUCCCUGGUACGAGGGUGUUCGUGUCUUCGAGGCCGCGACAAACCUUUCUCUCCCUCUAGAGUCCUACAUCCGGUCUCCUUUAUUGGAAAAGAACCCUGAUAAACCUGCGCUGGUUAAGGAAGUCUUGUGGAAGAAAGUUCACUACGGAGGCCAUAACCGUGUGGCCACAUUUUCUGAAGCCGCCUUUGAAGUGCUGAGGACAUUUCACCGAUAA